CGCCAAUAGCUCUGGAGAGUGAACUUGAAGCUGUCACUGAUUGCGGAUACGAUCUGGACUCCUACUUAGUAGCGCCAAUACGUGUCCAGCAUCCUCUAUCAACUUCAAAAGACACCCGGGCGCUGUCAUUUGAUCUUCUACUUACUGUGUACACUAACACUGCGGCCAGUCAAUUGAGACUCACUCAACUCAGCAACGGAUGUCCACGACAUCUACGCCAUAAUCACAGGAUGAGGCUGCAUGGAGUCCUCUCCAUAUUUGCAUCCCUGGUUGUGACAACAACAGCGAUCUUCGCCGACGAAGCCUUCCACAUAGACUACCAGUAUAGCCUCCUAGGCAAGCCGCAACCACAUGCCACCUUUUUCCGCAAACCUCAUCCCUCUACAAACGCAUCUCUUCUGUACACGGUCUCCGACAAGGCAGUGCUAGGUGCUGUGAACCCGAAAGAUGGAUCUCUACUCUGGCGACAAGCAUUGGCAGGACAGCCCGUGGAAAGUGCUUCAAGCUCUUUUUUGAUUUUAUCAGAAAAUGACGGCCAGGUUAUAAGCGGCCACGAGCGAACAGUUGCAUGUUGGAAUGCUUUAGAUGGCAAGCUUGCGUGGGAACAUACAUUUGCAGCUGGAGCAGAGAUCGCAGGCGUGCAGUCUGCUCCUGCCCUCGAAUCGACCCCCAGCGGCGCUUCGCAAGAUGUCGUGGUUUUGACGGUGCCAACAACUUCAACGGGACACGCGACCGUUAUCCGUUUGGCUGGUGACGGAAGUGGUAUCAAAUGGCAACACACAGACUCAAGCCACACCGAAGGCGCAUCCGCGUCGAUCGUCACGUCAGGAAAACAUGUCUAUUAUAUUUCGAAGUCUCAUGGCCUCCUAGCUGGUAGCAAAGCGAGGGUCGUCACCUUGGACAGUGUUUCUGGUCACGAAGUCGACUCCAGCAGUGUUGCUGUGGACUCGGAAGCAUUGGGCACCAAUGGACAACUUGCUGCAGGCUCGGGCUCGAGCUUUCCCUUUCUGCUAACAUCCGAAAAGCCCUACAAGUCGAUUAAGUUCAGUCUGCUGGGAAACUCGAAGCCCGUGACACUGGCACUAGAGGAUAAAGGGGAUGAAAUUGAACGCGUGAGCGUUCAUUAUCCAUGCCAUCCAGCAGCUGCGGCACAUUUCUUGUUGCACGUGCAAGGAAAGAAACGCCACUGGGCAGAGGUCUACCAUGUCAACACAAAGUCUGGCGAUGUGAAGAAAGCAUAUUCCUUACCGACAACCGAAGAACACAGUACAUUUGCUGCGACCAACAAUGACGCAUCUGUGUACUUUGUGCGCUCAACUGAGACUGAAGUUCUUCUCUAUUCCUCAGAAUCACAUGGACAAUUGGGUCGAUGGCAACGAUCAAGCGUGCUUAUACCCCGCGAUGGCUAUCCUGCGUAUGCCAUUGCUGAAGUUGUGAGCCGAGGGAAAGCUAGCCAUGCUGUUCGAGUUGCAGAGUUGUCGACAAAAGGAGUUUGGUCUUUGAUACGUAACGGAGAGGCACAAUGGGCUCGACCGGAAAUGCUUGCAUAUGUAAAUAUUGCUGCAUGGGCUGAAGAUGAAGGUCCGGAUGCUUUAGCCGAGGAGCUCGAUUUGGAACUAUCCGUCAACCCUUUGACAGCGUAUAUUCAUCGACUGAAGAGGCACCUGCUCGAUCUGCAACACCUCCCAGAAUAUCUGCAAGCACUCCCAGCUGCAAUCCUCACGCCGUCUCCGGAUGCCGAAUCGAGCGCGCGGAAGAGUCUCGUGGGAACAAAGACUGUUGUGGUGGGCACAAGCCGCAAGGAAUUAAUCGCUUUGGAUGCAUCCAACGGUGGUGUGGUCAAAUGGCAACAAGAUUUGACUGCACAGAUGGCUGAUGGCAUCGAAAUGAAAUCGAUCACAGUAACUGAGGGGCGAGUUUCGGCGUAUUUCUCGGAUGGUUCUUUGAUGGUACUCAAUGCUACAGAAGGUACCCUGAUAGAGCAUCAGCGUGGGUCUAUCCCCAUCGUCGACCUUGUCCAAGUUCCCGGGAGCACAGCAGGCGCAGUGAUCAAGAUUGACUCUCAUGGCAUUCCUCAUCCAGCCACAGACUUUGCCCCAAGUCAUCCCAUCGAAGGAAAUGUCGUGGUUACAAUUGACGGAGAUGGAAAGGCAUUUGGCUGGACCAUUGGCUCGACUGUCAAGAAGACCUGGACCUUGCAACCACAGGCAGGGUUCAAAAUCAGCAGGGCUGUUGCGAGAGCAGAACAUGACCCAGUAGCGUCGAUUGGGAAGGUUCUGGGCGACAGGUCUGUUCUCUACAAGUAUCUGUCCCCCAAUAUUGCACUUUUGAUUGCCCAAUCAGAGUCUUCAUUGACGGUGUACUUGAUCAACGCCGUGACCGGCGCCGUCCUCCACACCUCGACUCACCAGGGAGUUCUGCCUCAAACUGAAACGCCUGCAGUCAUUUCGGAGAACUGGUAUGCCUAUUCAUUCACAAGCCAAGACCCUGCUACAUCCGCCCUGUCUAGCCAAAUCAUCAUCUCUGAGCUCUACGAGUCAUCCACGGCCAAUGACCGUGGUGCAUUGGCUGCUAGGUCGAAUUAUUCAACCUUUGGCCCUGAUGCUGGGGUCGAACCUCACGUUAUUUCCCAAGCUUUUACCAUCGGCCAACCAAUCUCACAUCUUGCUGUGUCUCAGACCAGCCAGGGCAUCACCAGCCGACAGCUACUUGCGACGCUACCAGAGUCGAACGCUGUAGUUGGUAUUCCACGGGAGAUUCUUGAUGCUCGAAGGCCGGUGGAUCGCGAUCCUACAAGUACAGAGCGCGAAGAAGGGUUGAUGCGGUAUUCCCCGGUGCUCGAAUUCGACCCGAGAUGGUUCCUGACACACUCACGAGAGGUUAUGGGCAUCAAGAAGGUUACGGCAUCGCCAAGCCUUCUUGAAAGCACCAGUGUGGUGUUUGCAUUUGGACACGACGUGUUCGGAACGCAAAUAACCCCCAGUAUGGCUUUUGAUAUACUCGGGAAGGGCUUCAACAAGCCACAGCUUGUUUUGACGGUGGUUGCUCUGGCCGCCGGAGUGAUGGCGGUCAGGCCACUGGUGAGAAAGAAGACAGUAGAUGGACGAUGGAAGUAGGGGGAAAUGUACUAUCAGCGGCACGGGACUUGAAUACAUUCUGUAGUAGGCACAAAAGAGAUAGACAUGGGUUAAUAGAGACCCUGGAUCUGGCGGUUUCCUUUCUUUUCUCCUGUACCCCAAUUCACCAUUCACUUCAGUUCUGCGAGCACAGGUCCAAAAAGAGAAACAAAAAGUUUGGAUGGUCGAACCCCCGGCUCUGCUGUUACUUAUCCCGACUAUGACCUUUCACACCUCCUUUUGAAGAAGAGAUGCUACAGUAGUCAUGGAAACCUGCCAGACUCCCAGUUUUAAUCCCACUAGGCGAAGUUUCCAAGGAUAAGCCCAACCUCCAAACCAUUAGGACAAAGUCGCUAUUCGACGUGGUGAGUCUUUG